UUUCAUUAAACGUCAUCGUCAUACGUGAUACUAGAGUUUAUUUAAAUGUAUUAAAGUUGAGGAAGGGCUGUGUGUUGUGUGUGUACUAAGUGCUUAAAAACUUCUUGUUUUAAUUAAGUAGCCUUCAUGGGCGAUUCACUCGAUGGGAGUGAAAAUCCUCCCGAAAAUCAGAAUGUAGCUGUUGUGGAUUUUACGGCUUUUAUAAAUUUUGUUUUGAAAGCGGCUACAGUUCUUUUGCCCGAUGAUGAUUCACAAGCAGAGCCCAAAACUUUGGUGGCUGCUUUGGAUGACAAAAUCAAUCAGGAGUACAUAAAAAAGUUUAUAAGUGAUCCACAAGUAACAACUCUCUACAUUCAAAGGAAUUCUUCUAAAGAUGAGGAUAGUGAUCAGCCUCCAGAAGGUGAAGAAGAGAAGGAACCUGUUACCUACUAUGUCAGUAAUGAAGUUCACUAUACUAGCAACAAAAUGGCAAGCCUUGCUUGCAUUAAAAGAGGCAGUGUUAUAGAAGCUGAUAAAAGCAUCAGAGCUCAGGUUCGUCUAUUGAACUUCAGUGAUGGCUCCCCAUAUGAGAUCCUCCAUGAUUAUGUCAGUAAAACAGUAGCACCAUUCUUUAAGUCGUAUGUCAAAGAAUCUGGAAGAGCUGAUAGGGAUGGAGACAAAAUGGCACCUUCCGUUGAAAAAACCAUUGCCGAGCUUGAGAUGGGACUGCUACAUCUUCAACAAAAUAUUGAUAUUCCAGAAAUAACGCUGCAGGUGCAUCCUUAUGUUGCAAGCCUAAUUAAGCAGUGUGCCGACGAGGGAAGAAAACCUAAAGUAGCAGAUUUUGCAGAUAAAGUCGAGGACUCCAAUUUUUUAAAUCAAUUGCAACAUGGAGUGAAUAGAUGGAUAAAGGAGAUUCAAAAGGUUACAAAGUUGGAUCGAGAUCCAUCAUCUGGUACAGCAUUGCAAGAAAUCAGUUUCUGGUUAAAUUUGGAAAGAGCGUUACAUCGUAUUCAGGAGAAGCGGGAAAGUAUUGAAGUUGCAUUGACGCUUGACAUUCUUAAGCAUGGAAAACGAUUUCAUGCAACAGUUUCUUUUGAUACGGAUACUGGUUUGAAACAAGCUAUUGCUACAGUAAAUGAUUAUAAUCCUCUAAUGAAAGAUUUUCCUAUCAAUGAUUUACUCUCUGCAACAGAACUGGAAAGAAUUCGUGCUGCAGUUCAAUUAAUUUUUUCCCAUCUGAAAAAAGUCAGGUCAACCAAAUAUCCAAUUCAGAGGUGUUUGAGAUUAGUGGAAGCGAUUUCCAGAGACUUGGGAGGUCAGUUACUAAAAGUGUUGGGAACAAGAAGAUUGAUGCAUAUCCAGUUUGAUGACUUCGAUAAAGUAAUGACACAGUGUUUUGAGGUUUUCGGUAUUUGGGAAGAUGAAUAUGAGAAACUGCAAGCACUGUUAAGGGACAUAAUGAAGAAAAAACGAGACGAACAUAUGAAGAUGGUGUGGCGCAUAUCAGCCCAACAUAAAAAGUUGCAAAACCGAAUGGAGCAGAUGCGUAAAUUCCGAUAUCAACAUGAGCAGCUAAGAUCAGUAAUAGUAAGAGUACUUCGUCCGUCUGUAAGAGAAUCUGCUGUUCCUCUUGAAGGGGAAGAUUUGGAACCCCCAAAACCAAUAUUUUCAUUGGACGCCGCUGACGCAAAUGCAAUUGAGGAAGUUAAUUUGGCAUAUGAAAAUGUGAAGGAAGUUGAUUGCUUAGAUAUUUCCAAAGAAGGUCAAGAUGCUUGGGACGCAGCGGUCCAGAGGUAUGAGGAGCGCAUAGAUAGGGUCGAAGCCAGAAUCACCGCUCAUUUGCGUGAUCAAUUGGGAACUGCGAAAAAUGCAAAUGAAAUGUUCAGAAUAUUUUCCCGUUUUAACGCUUUGUUUGUUAGACCUCACAUUCGUGGAGCUAUUAGAGAAUAUCAAACUCAUUUGAUACAAAGAGUUAAAGACGAUAUUGAAGCACUACACGAGAAGUUUAAGGUUCAAUAUCCGCAAAGCAACAAUUACAAAAUAAGUAAAGAUCGAGAUUUACCACCCGUAGCGGGAUCAAUUAUUUGGGCUAAACAAAUUGAUCACCAACUGACAACAUAUUUGAGGAGAGUUGAAGACGUUUUAGGCAAGGGCUGGGAGAAUCAUAUAGAAGGUCAAAAGCUUAAAGCAGAUGGUGAUAGUUUUCGGCUGAAACUUAAUACACAGGAGAUCUUUGAUGACUGGGCCCGUUCUGUACAGCAACGAAAUCUCGGAGUGUCUGGGAGAAUUUUUGAAAUUGAAUCUGUUAGGGCAAAAAAUGGUAGAGGCAGCAUUCUUAAAUUAAAAGUGAACUUUUUACCAGAAAUCAUAACAUUAGCAAAGGAGGUUAGAAAUUUGAAGUGCCUUGGAUUUAGGGUGCCCCUAGCGAUUGUCAAUAAGGCACAUUUAGCAAAUCAGCUAUAUCCCUUUGCCAUAUCAUUGAUCGAGAGCAUUAGGACCUAUGAAAUGACUCUAAAAAAGCUCACUCUAAGGAGUCAUCCCCAAUCUGGCAGUGUUAAGAUAGAAGAUAAAGCGAGCAUCAUCCCUCUAGUGGCUGGUAUGAGAAUAGAUGUGCUUAACCUGAUAGAAGAAGGUGCUCAAUUUGUAUGGGAGAGUUACAAGUUAGCACCUUAUGUUCAGAAAUUUUCCGAAACCAUUGUUAGUUUCCAAGAAAGAGUGGAAGAGCUGGUUAUUAUAGGCGAACAGUUAGAGGCGGAUGUGAGAUCACUGGAGACUUGUCCUUACUCGGCAAACAUAUUUGCAGAUAUUUUAUCAAAGAUUCAACAUGCUGUCGAUGAUUUAUCGUUGAAACAGUAUUCAAAUUUGCAUAUUUGGGUAAAUCGGCUAGAUGAAGAGGUUGAAAAAAAUCUAGCCCGACGCUUACAAGCAGGUAUAGAGGCAUGGACCGAUGCACUUGCCGGUACUAAAAAGGAUGUAGAUCACAGUAUGGACACUGAUGCCCCAACGCAGCCAACUCACAAGCCUGGUGGAGAUCCCCAUAUUCAAACUAUGGUACAUGAAGUUCGUAUCACAAAUCAAACCAUGUAUUUGUAUCCUAGCAUUGAAGAAGCGAGAUUCCAAAUAAUGCAGCAGAUGUUUGCCUGGCAAGCCAUUGUUACCUCUCAGCAAAGGUUACAAAGCAGCAGAUAUCAAGUUGGAAUUGAUAAACCUCUCACAGAAACUUAUAGAAACAUUUUGACAAAACUACCGGGCGGUCCGCAGCCGUUAAACAACGCCUACAAUGCUAUAUCUAGCAAAAUUAAAGAAGUACAAAAAUAUGUUAAUCAGUGGCUUACGUAUCAGUCACUUUGGGAUCUUCAAGCAGAUAAUCUGUAUGGGCAACUUGGUGAUGAUAUUAACAAAUGGAUGAGAUGCCUCAAUGAUAUAAAAACUACAAGAGCAACUUUUGAUACAUCAGAUACACGUCGGGAAUUUGGACCGAUAGUAAUAGACUUUGCAAAGGUGCAAAGUAAAGUAUCUCUCAAGUAUGACUCCUGGCAUAAGGAAACUUUGAGCAAAUUUGGUGCUCUUCUUAGUAAUGAAAUGGCUACAUUUCACUCUACUGUUUCAAAGUCAAGAUCUGAUCUUGAGCUGCAAAGUAUUGAAGCUGCCAGUACUUCAGACGCCGUUACAUUUAUUACCUACGUCCAACAGCUGAAGAGAAGCAUGAAACAAUGGGAAAAACAGGUUGAAAUAUAUAGGGAAGGUCAAAGGAUUUUGGAACGUCAGAGAUUCCAGUUUCCUUCAAACUGGCUUCAUGUUGAAAAUCUUGAAGGCGAGUGGGGGGCAUUCAAUGAAAUCAUUAAGCGCAAAGAUUCAUCUAUACAGACUCAAGUAUCUAGUUUGCAACAAAAAAUUGUGUCUGAAGAUAAAGCUGUCGAAAGCCGCACCCACGACUUUUUGACAGAUUGGGAAAAAAGCAAGCCUGUUGAGGGACAUCUAAGACCUGAAGAUGCCUUAUCCCAACUUCAACUUUUUGAAAGCAAGUAUGCUAGAUUAAAAGAGGAACGUGACAACGUAGCUAAAGCCAAAGAAGCUUUAGAACUUCAAGAGCCAGGUGGAAUGGGUACAAGCGAAGAUCGUAUGCAAGUAGUGUAUGAGGAGUUGCAAGACUUACGAGGAGUUUGGUCGGAACUAUCAAAGAUAUGGCAGCAGAUCGAUGAGACGAGAGAGAAGCCAUGGUUAUCUGUGCAACCGCGAAAGCUACGACAGCAAUUAGAUAUAAUGUCCACACAAUUAAAAGAGUUGCCAGCAAGAUUACGUCAAUAUGCGUCUUACGAUUUUGUCAAAAAAACUUUGCAAAGCUAUACUAAAGUCAACAUGCUUAUUGUCGAAUUAAAGUCUGAUGCCCUCAAAGAACGGCAUUGGAAACAACUGAUGAAACAAUUGAGAGUAAAUUGGGUAUUAAGCGACUUAACAUUGGGGCAAGUUUGGGAUGUCAACUUGCAGAAGAACGAAUCUGUUGUGAAAGAUAUAAUUUUAAUUGCCCAAGGAGAAAUGGCUCUGGAAGAAUUUUUGAAGCAAGUGAGGGAAUCUUGGCAAACUUAUGAACUAGAUCUGAUUAAUUAUCAAAAUAAGUGCAAGAUAAUUAGAGGAUGGGAUGACCUGUUCAACAAGGUAAAAGAGCACAUCAAUUCAGUGGCUGCAAUGAAACUGUCUCCAUAUUACAAAGUGUUUGAGGAAGAGGCACUCACCUGGGAAGAAAAACUGAACAGAAUUAAUGCUCUCUUUGAUGUAUGGAUUGAUGUGCAGAGGAGAUGGGUGUAUUUAGAAGGAAUUUUCUCGGGCAGUGCAGAUAUUAAAACCUUACUCCCUGUGGAAACAUCUCGUUUUCAGAGCAUUAGCUCAGAAUUUCUUGGGCUCAUGAAAAAAGUCAGCAAAUCACCAAUGGUAAUGGAUGUGCUUAACAUCCCGGGUGUUCAAAGGGCUUUGGAACGUCUGGCUGAUCUUUUGGGAAAAAUACAAAAAGCGCUUGGUGAAUAUUUAGAGAGGGAACGUACAUCAUUCCCAAGAUUCUAUUUUGUUGGCGAUGAAGAUUUAUUGGAAAUUAUUGGUAACAGUAAAAAUGUUGCCAGGUUGCAAAAACAUUUUAAAAAGAUGUUUGCUGGAGUAGCGUCCAUAAUUUUAAAUGAAGAUAACACAGUUAUAACAGGCAUUGCGUCCAGAGAGGGAGAAGAAGUCACUUUUAGAACCCCAGUUUCAACAAUUGAGCAUCCAAAAAUCAAUGAAUGGCUGACUUUAGUAGAAAAGGAAAUGAGAGUAACUUUGGCGUCUAGUUUAACUCAAGCUGUUCAGGAUAUUAAGCAAUUUAAUGACGGUAUUGAUCCCAAACUGUUUAUGGAAUGGUGCGACAAAUAUCAGGCUCAGAUUGUUGUCCUUGCAGCACAAAUAUUUUGGAGUGAAGAUGUUGAAUCAGCUUUAAUAAAAAUGAAUGGGGAAUCACAGAAAGAGCCAUUAGAAAAGGUUCUGCAACAAGUUGAGAAUACUUUAAAUGUAUUGGCUGAUUCAGUACUCCAAGAGCAGCCUCAACUUCGUAGAAAAAAACUUGAACAUUUAAUUAACGAAUUUGUUCAUAAGAGAACCAUCACCAGAAGAAUGAUUUCAAACGGGGUCUCCAGCAAUAAAGCCUUCGAAUGGCUGUGUCAAAUGAGAUUUUACUUUGAUCCUCGACAAACAGAAGUUUUAAAGCAAUUGACAAUUCAUAUGGCUAACGCGAGAUUUUACUAUGGAUUUGAAUAUUUAGGCGUUCAAGAUCGGCUUGUGCAAACUCCACUCACUGACAGAUGUUAUUUGACUAUGACUCAAGCUCUUGAAGCUAGAUUGGGUGGCUCUCCAUUUGGUCCUGCUGGUACUGGUAAAACCGAAUCAGUAAAAGCUCUUGGAAAUCAAUUAGGAAGAUUUGUAUUGGUCUUUAACUGUGAUGAAACAUUCGAUUUUCAAGCUAUGGGAAGAAUAUUUGUCGGUUUGUGCCAGGUUGGUGCUUGGGGUUGCUUUGAUGAGUUUAAUCGACUGGAAGAGAGAAUGUUGUCAGCAGUGUCCCAACAAAUUCAAACUAUUCAAGAGGCUCUCAAAAGUCAGAAAGAGUCAACGGAGAGUUCACAAAGUGGAAGUAUAACUGUUGAAUUAGUAGGAAAACAAGUACGUGUUUCUCCUGAUAUGGCAAUCUUCAUCACAAUGAAUCCCGGCUAUGCAGGCAGGUCCAAUUUGCCUGAUAAUUUAAAAAAACUCUUCAGAUCUUUAGCUAUGACAACUCCAGAUAGGCAACUUAUAGCAGAAGUUAUGCUCUUUUCGCAAGGCUUUAGAACAGCAGAAAAAUUGGCUUGCAAAAUUGUUCCUUUCUUCAAAUUAUGUGACGAACAACUUUCUAAUCAAUCCCAUUAUGAUUUUGGACUGCGAGCCCUCAAAUCUGUUUUAAUUUCUGCCGGAAAUGUCAAACGAGAUAGGAUUCAGAAAAUCAAGGAAGGAAUGAAGCAGCGAGGAGAAACAAAUAUAGAUGAGGCCAGUAUUGCUGAAAACCUUCCCGAGCAAGAAAUUCUGAUCCAAUCUGUCUGCGAAACAAUGGUGCCUAAACUGGUAGCAGAAGAUAUUCCUUUAUUAUUUAGUUUGUUGAAUGAUGUAUUUCCCAAUGUACAGUACACAAGGGCAGAAAUGAAAGGAUUAAAGGAUGAAAUUCGAAAAGUAUGUGCUGAAGAAUACUUAGUGUGUGGAGAAGGAGAUGAGCAAGGAUCUGCUUGGAUGGAAAAGAGAGAUACAUGGGUUGCUAAGGUUUUGCAGCUGUAUCAAAUCUCUAGUUUAAAUCAUGGUCUCAUGAUGGUUGGCCCCAGCGGCUCUGGAAAAAGCACUGCUUGGAGAGUGUUACUUAAGGCGCUUGAACGUUUUGAAGGAGUAGAAGGAGUAGCUCACGUCAUUGAUCCUAAAGCAAUAAGUAAGGAAGCUUUGUAUGGUGUAUUAGAUCCAAAUACCAGGGAAUGGACCGACGGUUUAUUCACUCAUAUACUAAGAAAAAUUAUUGACAAUGUCCGAGGAGAAAUAAAUAAACGCCAGUGGAUCAUAUUUGAUGGUGAUGUUGAUCCUGAAUGGGUUGAAAAUUUAAAUUCGGUUUUAGACGACAAUAAACUGCUCACCUUACCAAACGGUGAACGUCUAUCUCUUCCACCUAAUGUCCGAGUGAUGUUUGAAGUGCAAGAUUUGAAAUAUGCUACCCUUGCAACAGUGUCUCGUUGUGGAAUGGUUUGGUUCUCUGAGGAUGUUUUGUCAACAGAAAUGAUAUUUGAGAAUUAUAUGUUACGACUCAAGAAUAUACCACUAGAAGAGGGAGAAGAUGAUAGUUUUGGAAAGAAGGGGGAAAACAAGGAAGAUCUUGUAUCACCAACAUUGCAAGUACAAGUCGAAAUAGCUAAUCUAUUGCAGCCAUUUUUGCAACCUGACGGCUUAGUCAUUAGAUGUCUGGAAUAUGCAAUGGAGCAGGAACACAUCAUGGAUUUUACUCGAUUAAGAGCUUUGAGUUCUCUUUUUUCCAUGUUAAAUCAGAGCGUCAGAAACGUUUUGCAAUAUAACCACGGUCACAGCGACUUUCCGUUGCCAUAUGAAACUUUGGAGCGCUACAUUCCAAAGUGUCUAAUUUAUGCAAUCCUUUGGAGUUUCACCGGAGAUGGUAAAUUAAAAGUUAGGUCAGAGUUAGGUGAUUUUAUCAGGUCUAUUACAACUGUGCCUUUGCCACCUGAUAACACUAUGCCCAUUAUCGAUUAUGAAGUCACCUUACAAGGAGAAUGGUCUCCUUGGUCCAAUAAGGUCCCACAAAUUGAAGUUGAAACACAUAAAGUUGCAUCGCCGGAUAUUGUCGUACCGACUUUGGAUACUGUCAGACAUGAAUCCUUGUUAUAUACCUGGCUAGCUGAACACAAACCUUUGGUUUUAUGUGGUCCUCCCGGUUCUGGUAAAACCAUGACACUUUUCUCGGCUUUAAGAGCUCUACCUGACAUGGAAGUUGUUGGUUUGAAUUUCUCCUCAGCAACAACACCGGAACUUCUUUUAAAGACUUUCGAUCAUUACUGUGAAUACAGAAAAACACCAAAUGGAGUAAUAUUGUCUCCUGUACAGCUUGGGAAGUGGUUGGUGCUUUUCUGUGAUGAAAUUAAUUUGCCUGAUAUGGAUCAUUAUGGUACACAACGGGUGAUUAUGUUCCUUCGUCAAAUUGUUGAACAAAAAGGAUUUUAUCGGGCGUCCGAUCAGACAUGGGUUUCCUUGGAGCGAAUUCAAUUUGUGGGCGCCUGUAAUCCACCAACCGAUCCUGGUAGAAAGCCGCUAUCUCACAGAUUCUUGCGGCAUGUUCCCGUUAUUUAUGUUGAUUAUCCCGGGGAGACUUCUCUGAAACAAAUCUAUGGAACCUUUACAAGAGCAAUGCUUCGACUUACACCAGGACUGAAAGGCUAUGCGGAACCUUUGACAAAUGCGAUGGUUGAAUUUUAUUUAGCUUCUCAAGAUAGAUUUACGCAAGAUAUGCAGCCUCAUUAUGUAUAUUCACCUCGUGAGAUGACCAGAUGGGUGAGAGGAAUUUGUGAAGCUCUAAGGCCUUUAGAUACUCUCUCAGUUGAGGGUUUAGUAAGACUGUGGGCUCAUGAAGCUUUGAGGCUUUUCCAAGAUAGAUUAGUUGAAGAUUCUGAGCGUCAGUGGACAAAUGAACAUAUCGAUGCUGUUGCUCUUAAACAUUUCCCUUCUGCCAAUUGUGAGAAAGCGCUGGAACACCCAAUCUUAUACAGCAACUGGUUGUCAAAAGACUAUGUCCCAGUUGACAGGGAACAAUUAAGAGAAUAUGUUAAAGCCAGACUAAAAGUUUUCUAUGAAGAAGAGUUGGAUGUCCCAUUAGUACUGUUUGAUGAAGUUUUGGAUCAUGUUUUAAGAAUUGACAGGAUAUUUAGGCAACCCCAAGGUCACUUGUUACUUAUAGGAGUUUCUGGUGCCGGUAAAACCACUCUGUCGCGCUUCGUUGCAUGGAUGAAUGGCCUUUCCAUAUUCCAAAUCAAAGUCCACAAUAAAUAUACUGCUGAAGACUUUGAUGAAGAUUUGAGAUCAGUAUUGAGACGGGCCGGAUGCAAAGACGAAAAGAUCGCCUUUAUUUUGGACGAGUCUAACAUGUUAGACUCAAGUUUCUUGGAAAGGAUGAACACUCUUUUGGCUAAUGGUGAAGUACCUGGUUUAUUCGAAGGAGAUGAGUAUACUACUCUCAUGACACAGUGCAAGGAAGGAGCCCAGAGAGAAGGUCUAAUGCUUGAUUCAAGUGAUGAACUAUACAAGUGGUUUACACAACAAGUGAUGCGAAACUUGCACGUAGUAUUUACUAUGAAUCCAUCCACUGAUGGUCUAAAAGAUAGAGCUGCUACUUCUCCUGCUUUGUUUAAUAGAUGCGUUUUGAAUUGGUUUGGGGAUUGGUCAGAUGGUGCUCUAUAUCAAGUGGGCAAAGAAUUUACUAAUCGUUUAGACCUCGAUAAGCCAACGUGGAGGUCUCCUGAUUUUUUCCCUGCAGCUUGCAAACUGGUCCCUACCGCUCCUAAUCACCGGGAAGCUGUUAUCAAUGCUUGUGUUUAUGUUCAUCAGACAUUGCAUAAAGCCAAUGUUCGAUUGGCGAAAAGAGGUAGCCGAACCAUGGCUAUUACACCGAGACAUUAUUUGGACUUUAUACACCACUUUGUCAAACUACAUAAUGAAAAGAGAUCAGAUUUGGAAGAACAGCAAUUGCAUCUCAAUGUCGGUUUGAGCAAAAUUGCCGAAACGGUAGAACAGGUUGAGGAAAUGCAAAAAAGUUUGGCUGUAAAAUCUCAAGAGUUGCAAGCUAAAAAUGAGGCUGCUAAUGCAAAAUUAAAGCAGAUGGUUAAAGAUCAACAAGAAGCGGAAAAGAAAAAAGUGCAAAGUCAAGAAAUUCAACAACAACUUGCAGAACAAACUGUCCAUAUUGAGCAAAAACGGCAAGAGGUCAUGGCGGACUUGGCGCAAGUGGAACCUGCCGUUAUUGAUGCGCAGAACGCCGUAAAGUCUAUUAAAAAACAACAGUUGGUAGAAAUCCGAUCCAUGUCAAAUCCUCCAGCCAUAGUUAAACUGGCACUUGAAUCUAUUUGCCUGCUGCUUGGUGAAAAUGCAAGUGAUUGGAAGUCUAUACGUUCAGUGAUCAUGCGUGACAAUUUUAUAAAUACUGUUGUCAACAAUUUUAAUACGGAGGAUAUUAGUGACGAGGUACGUGAUAAAAUGAAGUCUCGUUACUUAAGCAAUCCUGAUUAUAACUUUGAAAAAGUUAAUCACGCUAGUAAUGCUUGUGGACCUUUGGUUAAGUGGGCAAUGGCGCAAAUCCAGUAUGCGGAUAUGUUAAAGAAGGUGGAGCCUUUAAGGCAGGAGCUCAGUUCCCUAGAAAACCAAGCAGGUACAAACAAGCAACAUGGCGAAGAAAUCAAGAACUUGAUCAGUCAGUUGGAGCAGAGCAUUGCUUCAUAUAAGGAAGAAUAUGCACAACUUAUCGCUCAAGCUCAAGCAAUUAAAACAGAUUUAGAAAAUGUUCAAGCUAAGGUCGAUAGGUCCAUCGCUUUGCUAAAAUCCUUGGUUAUUGAGAGAGAGAGAUGGGAAGCGACUAGUGAAACAUUUAGAUCUCAGAUGUCGACAAUUAUUGGCGAUGUGCUGUUAUCUGCUGCGUUUAUUGCCUACGGAGGUUAUUUCGACCAGCAUUAUCGGCAGAACCUCUUCACGACGUGGUGUCAGCAUUUGACUUUGGCUACAAUUCAAUAUCGGUCCGAUAUUGCGAGAACAGAAUAUUUGUCUAACCCUGAUGAACGGUUGAGAUGGCAAGCGAAUGCUUUACCUACAGAUGACUUGUGCACUGAAAAUGCUAUCAUGUUGAAACGGUUCAAUAGAUAUCCAUUAAUUAUAGAUCCGUCUGGCCAAGCUACAGAGUUUAUUAUGAACGAAUAUAAAGACAGAAAGAUUACGAAAACCAGUUUCCUGGACGAUUCAUUCCGGAAGAAUUUGGAGUCGGCAUUAAGGUUUGGUAAUCCACUUUUAGUGCAAGAUGUGGAAAACUAUGAUGCCAUAUUAAAUCCCGUUCUUAAUAAGGAACUUAGGCGGACUGGUGGACGCGUUCUGAUUACCCUUGGAGAUCAAGAUAUCGACUUGUCACCAUCGUUUAUAAUAUUCUUAUCCACGCGGGAUCCUACGGUUGAAUUUCCACCAGAUAUUUGUUCGAGAGUAACUUUUGUGAAUUUUACUGUUACCAGAAGCUCACUGCAAAGUCAAUGUUUGAACCAAGUACUGAAAGCCGAAAGACCAGACAUAGAUGCAAAACGGUCCGAUUUACUCAAGUUGCAAGGGGAAUUCCACUUGAGGUUGAGGCAAUUAGAAAAAUCACUGCUACAAGCUUUAAACGAUGCAAAAGGGAAAAUAUUGGAUGAUGAUAGUGUUAUUACCACUUUGGAAACGUUAAAGAAAGAAGCUGCAGAAAUAGGACAAAAAGUUGAAGAAACCGAUAAAGUUAUAUCAGAAAUAGAAACUGUUUCACAGCAGUAUUUGCCCCUGUCGCAAGCUUGCAGCAACAUUUACUUUACUAUGGAUACUUUAAAUCAGAUACACUUCUUGUAUCAGUACUCGCUGCAAUUUUUCUUAGAUAUGUUCAACAGCGUGUUGCUGAGCAAUCCUAAAUUGGACGGUAUUACAGAUUAUCAGCAAAGAUUAAAUAUUAUAACAAAAGAUCUGUUCCAAGUGGUCUAUGAAAGAAUUGCCAGAGGCAUGUUGCAUAAUGAUAGAUUAACAUUUGCUAUACUAUUAGCCAGGAUUUACUUAAAGGGUGUACCAAAUGAGCCCAAUUUAGAUCAAGAGUUCAACUUUUUCUUACGUGCCAAAGAAGGACUACUCAGUUCCUCAGCUGGAUCAAUUGUAGAUGGUUUGAGUAGUGAGCAACAAGAAGCUAUGCACAGGUUGGCAACAAGGCUACCUGUCUUUAAAAAACUAUCGGAAAAAAUCAAGGAAAUGCCAGAGUUUGGUGCUUGGCUCCAACAAAGUACGCCGGAGCAAACUGUGCCUCGCGUAUGGAUAGAGGAAAAACAAUUGAGUGAUGUCGGUAGCGCUGUGUAUCAGCUUUUAGUCAUUCAAGCGUUUAGGCCAGAUAGAGUUAUAGCUGCUGCGCAACUAUUUGUCUCCGCAGUUUUGGGAGCCGAUUUUAUGCCCUCUGCCGAAAAGGAACUAGAGUUAGGCUCUAUUAUAGAAAAGGAAUUAAAAGCCAGUGUACCUGUACUUCUCUGUUCUGUACCUGGGUUUGAUGCUUCGGGACGUGUUGAUGAUUUAGCAACAGAACUGAAUAAACAGAUUUCGAGUAUUGCCAUUGGGUCCGCUGAAGGAUUCAAUCAGGCAGAUCGUGCGAUUAACAUGGCUUGUAAAACGGGCCGUUGGGUUAUGCUUAAAAAUGUCCACUUGGCCCCGCAAUGGCUCGUACAAUUGGAAAAAAAGUUGCAUUCCCUGCAACCUCAUAGCAGCUUCAGACUUUUCCUUACUAUGGAAAUUAAUCCAAAACUACCUGUUAACCUGUUGAGAGCUGGAAGAAUAUUUGUUUUUGAACCACCUCCGGGCAUUAGAGCCAACUUAUUGCGAACAUUCAGCACUGUGCCCGCCAGUCGAAUGAUGAAAGCACCAAACGAAAGAGCUAGACUCUACUUCCUUUUGGCUUGGUUCCAUGCUAUUGUUCAAGAGAGAUUGCGGUAUGCGCCUUUGGGGUGGGCGAAACAUUAUGAAUUCAGCGAGUCUGACUUAAGGGUCGCUUGCGACACUUUGGACACAUGGAUUGAAACAACAGCCAUGGGAAGGACAAAUUUGCCACCCGAGAAGGUUCCAUGGGAUGCGUUAGUGACCUUACUAUCCCAGUCAAUUUACGGCGGUAAAAUUGAUAAUGACUUUGAUCAACGUCUAUUGCAGUCAUUCUUGAGUAAAUUGUUUACGCCGAAAAGUUUCGAGGCAGAUUUCGCACUAGUUGCUAAUAUUGAUAAUGGUCCAAAUGGAAAUAGACAUAUUACAAUGCCCGAUGGAACUAGAAGGGAUCACUUCUUAAAAUGGAUCGAGAGUCUAGCUGAUCGACAGACUCCUGCUUGGCUUGGAUUGCCAAAUAAUGCAGAAAAAGUUCUCUUGACAAAUCGAGGAACAGACUUGAUAGGAAAACUUUUGAAAAUGCAACAACUUGAAGAUGACGAUGAAUUGGCCUAUUCCGUUGAUGAUCAUUCGCCGACUGAUCCCACAGCACGUAUAGACGGCCGACCAUCUUGGAUGAAAACUCUCCAUAACUCGGCGCUUACGUGGUUGCAAUUGCUUCCUAAAUCUUUGCCGACGUUAAAGAGAACCGUGGAAAACAUUAAAGAUCCACUUUAUCGAUAUUUUGAAAGAGAAGUGAAUUCCGGUUCCAAACUCUUGAUGGAUGUUGUUCAUGAUUUAAAUGAUGUGUUACUUAUAUGUCAGGGGGAAAAGAAGCAGACAAAUUACCAUCGUACAAUGCUGAAUGAAUUGGUACGGGGUAUUAUACCCGCCAAUUGGCAUAGAUACACUAUACCAAAAGGAUGUACCGUUAUUCAGUGGAUAACUGAUUUUAGCAAUAGGGUUAAGCAGUUGCAACAAAUAUCACAAGUGGUGUCAACGUCCGGAGCGAAAGAAUUGCAGAGUUUUCCCGUUUGGCUGGGAGGUCUUUUAAAUCCAGAAGCUUGGAUUACGGCUACAAGGCAGUGCGUUGCACAAGCUAAUAGUUGGUCCCUGGAGGAAUUACAUUUAGAUGUUACAAUUACAGACUCCCACGAUACAGCAUUGGUUCCAAAUGACUGCUUUGCUGUAAUUGGUUUGAAAUUGCAAGGCGCUCAGUGCAAAAAUAAUCAACUGCUGUUAACAUCCAGCAUUAUGUUGGAGUUGCCAGUUACUUUGCUGCGGUGGUUAAAAACGUCGAAUGACGAGAAACAAUCCAGUAAAAAAUUAUCAUUACCUAUUUAUUUAAAUUCUACGCGUACAGAGCUGUUGUACACAGUGGAUUUGAAUGUCGCGCUUGGACAAGAUCCACAUAGCUUUUAUGAAAGGGGAGUAGCCUUGCUUACUUCAACCGCUUUGAAUUAACUACUACUGUACUCUAUACAAUUAUCCAUUAAUUUAUGAAUGCAUAACUAUAAUAAAACUUCGCUAACUGU